AAAAAAAUACAAUUUUACUUUUUGUAUAGAAAUUUAGGUUAUAAAUACAUUUUAUAAACAAAAUUAAAUUGAAACGCUUUUUAAUAAAUAUUUGUUUUACACAGCAUGGCUACAAGAAUAUUGGGACGCGUAAUAAUUUCAACAGUAAUUAAUUCAUUGAAGCCAAUUCAUCUUAUUGAAGUUAAACAUCAAGCUGUUUGUGCUGCUAAUUUUAAAUACACUGUUGUUAGGAACUAUGCUAAAACGAAAGAUAGAGGUAAAGACAAGAGAUCUAAAGGUAAAGUGGAAAUUAAUACUCAGGUCAUAUCCGAACUAGUACCUGUAGAUAAGUUGAAAGAAAGAUGCAAUGCUGCUAUAGAAAAGAUGAAAGAUGAUUUCACUAAAAACUUAUCUUUGCGCUCAACAACAGGAUCUAUAGAAUCCCUAAUUGUGAAAUUUGAAGGAAAGGACUAUGAAUUACAAGAACUUGCUCAAAUAGUACGAAAAAACCCUAAAACAAUUGUUAUAAACUUUGCUUCAUUUCCACAGACUAUUCCUGAUGCUCUUAAAGCUAUUAAUGCAUCAGGUCUUAAUUUAAAUCCACAACAAGAUGGUACAACUCUUUAUGUUCCUGUGCCCAAAGUAACUAAAGAGCACAGAGAAGCUUUGGCUAAAAAUGCUAAGGCUUUAUAUAUUAGAUGUCGUGAUGCUGUAAAAGAAGUACAAAAUGAUUAUAUAAAGAAAGUUAAAAGACAAACAGGUGUGUCAGAAGACCUGGUAUUUAAUGUCACCAAACAAAUUACUGCAAUGUGUGAUGAAUUCCAGACUACUGCAAAAAAUAUUUAUGAAGUUAAACAUAAUGAACUUGUUGGAAAAUAAUUAAUAUGAGUGCCAUCUUAAACUAAUUAAUGUUUCUUAUGAUUAUUACUUUAGUUUUUAAGCUUGUUGUGGUUAGAUAAAUCUGUUGAUGUAAAUAAAGAAUAGGAAUAUAUAUACUAAUAAAAAUG